GGUGGGGGAGGGGCCAGGUGGAGGUGGGGGAGGCGGCGUGGCCGUCUCCGCGUGACCGGCAGCUCGGACGGGCUGCGUCAUCGUCACGUCACCGCUAUAAAGUCGAGCGUCGAGGGGGCGAGAGGAGACACGCGGAGCACAGACAGCGAGUGGCAGACAGAGACAUCGAGACAGACAGAGAGACAGACAGAGAGAGAGAGACACCGAGACAGACAGACAGAGAGACAGACAGAGAGAGAGAGAGACAGAGACAGAUAGAAAGAGACACCGAGGCAGAGACACCACGAGAGUGGAGAUACCCGCAGAGUCACGAUCGCCAACUGUACGCGACCUGGGACACACACUCGCACACACUUACUCACACACACACUCACUCACACACUCACACACGAGUCAAGAGUACAAAUACGACGGUACGCACGAAGUGACGAGCACUGAAGUACACACACAGACCAACUCACAAGCAUCAACAACAUCAACAACAACAACGCGAGAGCGCACAGAGAGACGGAGAGAGACGCGGGACCCGUGGGAUGGAGACCCCCGCAGCCCCGAGUCUCGUGGUGCUCAAAUCCUACCACGUGCGCGACGCGCCCGACUCGGCCGCCGAAACCAGCCAACCCGAUGUGCUCGCCUGCCAAGCGGUUGUUGGUGCUGAAGCCACCAGCCCGUGGGGUGCUCGCCAUUGCCGGUCACGAAGAUCUCAACUGUACAACAUCGAUACAUUCGCAAGACGCCCGUGACAAGAGCCAAGGAGCUCGUUGGCCAUUACUGCUGAAGAGAAUCAAAUCGACCUCUCAUAACACCGCUCACUGCUAACUAUAUUCCCGUCACGGCGCAGCGUGAGCACCAACUCAGAUGGUGCUGGGUGCGAAUGUUUGAGCCUGUAGCUACGGCUUCAGGUGUUGUACACGAUACACGCUUGCGGUGUAAUUCAAAUGGAGACGUGGCUGGGGUCCGGGUCUCACACCGGGACGGCUGAAACAACCAGCCACGUGUAUUCCCGCACCCCCUGGGAGUCAUUGUUUUCGUGUCAUAACUGUGUUGAUCAGAGCCAUCCAUAGGGUACGGCGAAUUUAACUAAAUUUUUUACAAGGUAAGGCCCACUGAGCUAUAUAGCGCUUUUCAGAAGAUACCUGGUCACAAAUAAUAGCUCCACAAAGUGGCUUAUAACGUAGAAAUGAGUAGCAGCCAAAUACUCUAAACGGGUGUUUCUAAAUGUGGAGGGAAACCCCGGAAGGCCACGAGGAGAACACGCAGAAAUAUACAGCUACAGCAGCAGCAGCAGGCGUGGGGGUCAAGCCCACGACCUCCUGCACACCGGGCGAGGUCGUCAAUAUCUCGCUGGCGCGGCGCCACCUUUUAAUUGGGGUGACUACCCCGGGCCCUGGGGUUUGGGGGGCCGCGCUUCGACGACUCCGUGUCAGAUGUAACUCUUCCGCUGUCGUGUGAAGGCGUCGGUUGCGAGUGGCCUCGAGCCGUCCCUGGCAGUGGCGCAGGGGAGAGACGGUGACGAGCGGCGGCCAGUGAGUUCUUGUUGGAGACAUCGGCACUGUUUUGCCCAUAAAUUGGACAAAAACAUUACAACCACACCUGGACCGUGGCCCUCGUGUUCCUCGUGUUGUAUGAUUUGCCAUCUUGGCUUGAGACGCGCACGAGGGAUGCCCUGGGGAUAAAAAUCAACACUUUUGAAAGCCGCAGUUUUAAUCGGUGAUCUAUUCCGAGACACUGAACGUUGUGACACCGGUGACGACGAGUUGAAUUUCACCAAAGCCACUGCUGCUGAGAAGAUCCACUUCCACAGGGCUGUGUGGUGGCUGGUGGGAGGUGGCGGGUAUUUAAAACAAAUGUAUGUUGAGAGACAAACGUGGGAAGGAGGCGACUUGUCUGCUUAUUUAGCUUCAUCGACAUAACUUGACGAAUCGCGUCUGGUCAUGAACGCGAUUCACGUGGCAUGUUCCGUGUAAAAUAAUUAAAAACUGACAGUAAGGGGGGAAGUGCUGGCCGGAAAUAACCAAGAGCUCAUCCACUUUCAACAUCCUCAUCAUGCCCUCACCCCCACAGCACCCUACUUAAAAGGAGCAUCAUAAGUGAGCAUUUUAUAACUCCUAAAUGCUCAAUAAUUUCCAGUAAUCAUUUGCGUGUGGUCAGGAUAAUAUCAGGGAAGCCUUAAUAUGUCCUUGCGCCUCCAUUACACUUUAUUUGUCCUUGACAAACACUCCGACGUGAUCAAUAGCCCAGAACAAAUAUGCAGACACUUCGUGUUCUUUCUCGCACGUGUUCCUCAGUGCAAAAAGAGAUGCGGUUUUUUUCACCUCCCAUCGCCUACAAGGCUUUUUGGAAGUGCAUUUCAGCAGCAUUAAUUCAAUACUCUGGGUGGGUUUCGAUAUUCAGUGUCUGAUCCGCAGUCAGGGUCGCUUGAACCAAUGCUGGUGAAGUUCCAGAUGUUAUUGCCUAUAGAGUUAGCUAACGGUUCAGGUAAGAAUUGCAUUGAGAGCAGUAGGCAGGGAGGCCAGUUGUGUGAAAUGUUGAUCUAAUCAUGUUCAGUUGAUAACGGUUUCAGUUCAAGUUAGAACAGUUACAGUACUGCACACAUUGUUUAUGUGUGCCAGUGUGCACGGCGCCUGUGUGCAUGCAUGUGGCCUCAACGUGCACAUAACCUGGCACAAGCGCCGUGCUGACGUCACCACCACUUAGUGGCGAAUGGCGGUUGUUGUUGUACGUGUCAACACGUGUACAUCGCCUUUGUGCGUGUGGUGGUACUGGCCACCACCCACCCCCGAAAGCGCCGUGCCGACCUUCAUAGGUGCUCGCUAACAGCACUUUCCCCAUCAGUGUGUUAAGGCUAUACGGGGGAUCUUUGUCUUUAUACUGCUCGCUAACAUCGGUGCUCGUUAACAGCACUUGCCCAAUCAGUGUGUUAAGGCAGACCGCAUUGUGUCCUUGCAUUGCCGCCAGACACACGGUGGCUAAACUGGAACGCAUCUCGAGAAGCUGCACAGAAUUAGUGGACGUGUUUAAUUUUAGGGAGGCGGUCACUCACAGGCAGCGAAUAAAGCAGCAAUGGAGUUCCAUGUUGCAGUGACACCAGAGGACAGGUGGUAGCGAGCUUGCACCGCGCUUGUGAGCAUAAGAAUGGAAAGUGGGGAAUUGUUCCACAUGCCGGAUGCCAACCGCGUGGUUGGCAAUCCCUUUUGCGUUGCUCCUUUCAUCAGUCCUCUCGUUCACGUGGAUUGUACCCCUGCAAGAGUGGCCUGGGUCUCCAAAAUUACCAAAAAUAUAUAAAAAAACAUUAAAUUAAGCACAACAAUUAAGCAAAUAUAAAUCGGAGUGAAAACAUCCACGUUACAGAAGAAAUCGGAGACUGUUUACAAACAAUGUCAACUCACCUUGUCCGGUCCGCCACCCCUCUCCUGGGUGGUGACCAGGGACGCGAUGACUCCGGCCUCCCGGCGCUCCGCGUCGCCCGUGCGUCCCUCCUUCGACCGUUCGAGCUCCCAGGACUCGCUGGAUGAGCUCUCGGAGCGAGACUUUUGGACCGAGGUCCACGACAUCAAGGAGAGCCGGGGCAACGACGAGGCCCUCAUCAAACCCGCGGACGAGGAGGAGCAGCAGGCGGACUGGUUGCACGAGACGGGCCUUUCUACGCUCGUCGUGCAGCAGCAGCAGCAGCAGGCGGGGGGGGCCGUGGCCGAGGGCCCUGGGGGCUGCGCCGACGAUGGCGGCGCUGCCGCCGCCGCGGAAGAGGAGCGGGCGCUGGACGCCGAGGCGCUGCUCGCGACGCUCACGCGCACCCAGGCAGCCGCCGCCAUCCGCCGCAUCAACACGUACACGCAGACGAUGCGGCGCAAGAACAAGCAGACGGUGCGCGACGUGCGCGACAUCUUCGGCAGCAAUGUGGACACGGACGGGAUGGGAAUGAGCUGCAUGCAGCCCAGCUCGCAGGACGAGCUGUCGGACGACGACUCGGCGGCAGCAGCGGCGGCGCUGCAGAGGGAACGGUCACGCAACUCGGUGGUGUCGGAGACAGACAUCAUCUGUGACGUGCCCUACUCGGAGGAGGCAUCGCAGGGGCGGCACAAACACCGGGGCGACGCCGCCGCUGCCACCACACCGAACGCGGCGGCGGCGACGGCGCCGGCGGUGACGGCGGCGACGCUGCUGCAGCACCAGCUGGGCGUGACGCGCAUCGGAGACCUGUCUCCCGAGGACAUGCGCAAGGUGCACCGCGUGGCGCUUAUCGAGCUCGCCGCCUUCUUCGAUGCGCUGCACAUCGACUUCACGCGCAACAGGCCCGUCAAAGUGCGCGCCAAAGAUUCGCGGCUCUUUGGGGUUCCUUUGAGCACUCUGCUGGAGCAGGACCAGAAAAUUUCGCCGGGUGUCAAAGUGCCGCUCUUUCUUCAAGAGCUGUUGACGCACCUGGAGCAGACGGGGCUGGACACGGAGGGCAUCUUCAGGAUCCCCGGAUCAUCGUCGCGUAUUAAGAGUCUGCGGCAGGAGCUGGAGGCCGGAUUCUAUGACGGCGCCGUCACCUGGGACGACGUGAGGCCACACGACGCAGCCAGCCUCCUCAAGCUCUUCAUCCGCGAGCUGCCGGCGCCGCUGCUCACCGCCGAGUACCUCACCGCCUUCACCAGCGUGGAGAAAAUUGAAAUUCGAAAGCAAAGAAUCCGAGCUCUCAACCUGCUCAUCAUCCUGCUGCCCGCAGCAAACCGAGACGUGCUCAAGGCCAUCCUGGAGCUGCUGCUGAAGGUGUCCGAGGCGAGCACGGCGACGCGCAUGGACCUGUGGAACGUGUCUCUCAUCAUGGCGCCCAACCUCUUCAUGUCGUCGGGCAGCGCGCUGCUGCAGCCGCUCAACCGCCAGUUCGCAGCGGCGUACGCGGGGCUCGUGCGCAUGCUCGUCAAGGAUCAGCGCAAGCUCUGGAUCAUUCCGCCGUUCCUGCUGAGGCAAGUGCGGGAGCUCAACGAUGCCAACAAGCGGCAGCCUCAGAAGGAGCGCGGCGUGAGGAGAUUCCUGCGCAUCGCCCGCAUCGACAAGGACAAGAAGCCGGAGAGGCGCGAGGUGGAGCCGCUGUCGUACACGAUUCGCGUGGCGGCGCCGCCACUCCUCUCCAAGCUGCCCAUGGCCGUGCAGCUCGACGAGGGCGUGCGAGCCGGGGACCUCGUCGCGCGCUUCUUCGCCGACAGCGAGGGGGGAAAAAUCGUGGAGCACCAGGAAUAUUGUCUGCACGAGAUGGGCGGCAACAUCGGAGACCGCUGCUUGGACUCGGAGACCCACAUGAGGGCCCUGUACGAGGCCAACCCGCACGCCGACUGGGUCAUCAAGCCCAAGGCGAGCGCGUAACGCCGACCUCUGGACCCUCACGAAUCGGGGACCCCUUUGCCACGGGAGGGGGCGGAGGGCACAGCACCACCUCCAGGAGCCUCCUUUCCCCUCGCCACAGACGCACCCUGACCCAGGAAGCCGACCGCAACGCUCGUCUCCGUAGCGGCGCCACGACAACAGUUUACACUUUCCAUACAAUUCAAUUGGAUCUCGUCACAUCUCAAGACUCUGUACAAACAUGAAGAAGAAAAUAAACUGCGUUAGAAUUGAAGGGGGGGCGUGGUGGUUCCGGCCAGGGAAACGGGAGAGGGGGGAGAGAGAGAAACUCCGUGGUACGGCCUCGACCGGGCAACCGGUGCCGAGCAUCAACACCGACGGGCUCCCGGGGAUCCUCUGGGAGACGGCUUCUCUUCACCAGCAAGUACCGUCAGGGAGCACGGCACUGCUUGUUUCGCUGCUGCUGCUGCCUGACCUGCAUUGUGGUUUUGGGGUGGGGGGGGCGGUGGCUGUGUCUGCGGCUGGAGGCGCCACGCGAGAAUCCAGCAGCAGGUGGCAGUCUCCGCACGCCGCGGGGACGGAGCCGCACCUUCCCGACGAUCCCCGUUAGCGGCGAAUCCCUAGUUUUGAAUUGCCUCGUCGCUUUAUCGCCGUGGAGUUUAGAAUUUCGUCGUUUUUUUUACUUUUUGUGGCCAUUGUCAAACGUGGCCGACGUGCGCGUGCGUCGGAGCAGACCGCGCUGACGCGUGUGGGCGGCGAGGCUGGCGGCAAUCGAGCGCUUCGCUCCUCCCGCGGCGCCGGCGGUCUGCGUCGCGGCGGCGUUGUGACGUCCGUGAUUUGGCAGCUGUUUUCGUUUCUCAAGUUUAACAGCUGCCUCGACGUUUCAUUAAAAUACUUUCUUGCUGCAUCGCUUGCAGGAAAUCCCUGUACAGUUGCACGGAGAUGCCUUCGCCUUUAUUGCUUUUCCAGCCUCGUUCAGGGGAAACAAAGGGAAUGAAUUCAUCUCCAUAUAUUGAAAUGGCCAUUACUGUUUGUAUAAAGUCAUUGUCAGUGGGAUUUGUAAUUUUCCCGUCGACACACAGGGAUGCGUGCUCCGUCUGUACGAUAGCCAUUCCAUUACACACGGACAGAGGAAUCGAGAUGCUUUUCUUCUGAGCUGCAUGUACUUGUUAAAUAGCUAUAAGCGGGACAUUGUUAAAUAGCAAAAAUGGGGACAUUUUGCAAUGCAUUUUGUAAAAACUGUCUAUCGCCGUUUCUGUCAGGCAGUUUUGCUGCACGUUUGUAUGUUUUACAAAUCGCAGUGCGUGUGUCCGUACAACGCGGCAUCCACGCGACGUGUUCAGAGCCCACGAUUAUUUGACAAUGUCCAUCGUAAUCGCACACGCCGAUUGUUUAGCCAAUUAUCCGAUCGCGAGAAAAAAAACCCCACGCCACCAUGCACCCCAAACGGUCCGAGCGGACGCAGGGACGAUGUUACGAAUCUUGUGUUGGUAUGGAGCGGAGUCCUGGGUCCCGUCCAGGACCAAGUCGCUCGGGGCGGGUCACGGUCGUCACGCUGGGGGGUCACGGGGUCACUCUGCGGGGUCACGGGGUCACGCUGCGGGGUCACGGGGCCACGCUGUGCCUGACCCGCACCCCGACGGCAUGCCGUCAAACCGACUCGGUUCCGGUCCGCCUGGCGGUAUCUGGCUACCCGUGGGUACCCAUGAGCACCCACGGGUACCCACGGGUAGCCAAUCCAAUGCAGGACUGCUUGUCCAGUCACUCCUCGGUAUGGAUAGAUGUCUUUUUUGGGCCCAAAGCAGAUGUUGAACUUGUCAAUACUAAGCAAGAAAGUAAAUCAUGAGUGGUACAUUUUUCUAUGUGGCCAAUACAAGUACAUUAUGCCUGGAGUCAAAAUACUAUAUUAUUUUAACCCGCUAGUUCAGACCCUGUGGCCCAAAUUAUAUGGGGUAAGUUCCGCACCUGGCACCUCACCCAGGUGUGGUUGUGGCUGUGCCUGCCGGUCCCAUGCCACCUGCCUGAUUUAUCAACCUGGAAAAUAUUGGGUGAAAAAUGCUCCAAUUGCAUCUAUUUGCCUAAAAUUGAUGCUGCUGGAGCUUUGCUUUCUUAGGUGGCUCCAAUGUCUGCGAAAGCCAUGGAAUAAAGUUAAGAGUGGUGAAGCGGUGAGCGGCGCAGUCCCGACGAGUUGCGUGUUGUUUACGUGGCGAGCUGCGGGUUGUGUUUAGGACAUCCGGUUGCUGCUGCCAGGGUGAAUGUGGAAGGUGCUGCGUUAGGCAGGGUGCAGCCCUGCAAUUGCUUGUUCACAGCACUGUUGGCGGACGUCACGUUCAUUUUGUUAACCCAGUUGAGAAGAGGAAGGGCCUCCGCUUGAGGGAGCUGUUGAGAAGCCCCUCUACUGGGCACUGCAUUCAUGGAGAUCAAAGCGCUCUUGGGAAGAGAGCGGCCGCAAAGGGUCUUCUCUGCUGGCAAGCCAACCGAUGCAGCUCGGAUGCUCGCAUCCCUCGCUCGUGGAGGGUGCGAGAUGGCUCGGCGUUUAUAAUGGCUGUGUCGGAGCAUUGGGGCGACACCGCUGACACCCUGCGUUCGAAUCGGGGUUCAGCCGCCCAUAAUUAAACUGGGUUCUCGGGAGUCGUGGAUGAUGGUGUUAAAAUAAUAAUCGUGGUUCUAAAUUGAUGUGGAAUACUCCAGCUGUGAGGGUUCCAUCAGCUUGUGAGCGAUGAGACACCAAAGAGCUUAGGGAUGAGAGAUAAUGGAAGGGACCUCACAAAUUGCUGUGGCAUCACCUUCCGACAGGGCGACGUUACGUUGCUCUGCGAGAGCUCCGAAUGGACAUUUAUUCAUCUCCAUGACACCGGUAGCACAGGUAAUAUAUUAUUUCUUCAACAUCUAAAUGCCUCUUAUCAGCGCUCAACCCUUCGAGUCCCAUAAUCACCCACUCCUCAAAGCCAGUGUCGCGAGGGGGGCGCCGUGCUAAUCUGUUGUCAGUCCUCGGCCAGUGGAGGAAGUUCCACAUUCCUGUGAUGGGGGCAGUCACUCUACAAGACACCUCCAGCCCACCUCUCAGAUUCUUGUUCCUGGACAUAAGUUUCGGUGUAACUUAUUACUGAUGGCAACAAACUCGCAAAUUUGUCAAUUUUUCAAGUUGCUUUUUUUUCACACUACGGUGGCUUUAGUUGCUCGCGUUGUUUUUCUCGUGUCAUGUCAUUGCUGUCAAUAAAACGGUUCCUUCGCUGUA